AUGCCAAACAGGAAAUCAAAGCUUUCAUUAGCUAUACAACAAGCCGAAAAUUCUGCUUCAAAGCAGGACCAUCAACAACAACAACAACAACAACAACAUCAUCAUCAUCAUCACCAGUAUAUACAUCUGAACCACCUUCAUCUGAAUCAACAACAACAACAAUCAUUGUCUUCACGGCACAGCUCACUGGAUGGACACGACCCUUGGAAUACAAAUGAUGACACACCCAAGAAACGACACCAUUUAAGGACAAAAAGUGGCGGAUCCACACAGAGCAGCAUCAACAUUAACAAUGGAUCUCAAUUCUAUAGCUCCAAUGUUGAUAUAUCGACCAAUGCCGGCAACAAUUUUGCUGAAAGUCAAAACGGACAUAGUUUCAGACCCAUCCCAAGUCCUUCUUUACUCCCCAACCUAAUACAGCACAGUUCACCUUACGUCUCAACAACGCCAUCUUCUGCAAAGCACUUCAAGCCAGAAUUGUCACCAUUGAAAACCACGUUUGAUGAAGAAAAGCGACACUCCAUCAUUGAAUCUCAAUUGGAACUGCAAUAUGACAAUGAAGGUGGAGGGGUAUGGGAUGAGGCGCAACAACAAGCGGAUGACGAAUACGAACUUGAAGUAAAGUCUUCAAAGAGCCGCUAUCAUUUACACCAUCAGCUCAACCAAGCGCAGGGCAAAGUUCUUGAUCAGAAGAAAAAGAGAAGGAAGGAUGGAUCGCAUAGUACCCUUGGAGUAACUGAAUUGGAGAGCGAAACAAAUCUGAAAGAACAGGAGCAGUACGAACUGCAAGUUCAAAGAAAUGAGCAAGGUGAUAUUGAUGAUGGCAACAACGACAACGACAACGAAGAAGAAGAAGAAGAUGACGACGAUGACGACGCUCCAGUAAAUCCCGCUGAGGAGGAGGAUUUAAAAGAUUAUGUUCCUGGAGGAUAUCAUCCGUGUUUUAUUGGAGAAGAAUACAAAAAUGGAAAAUACACAUUGGUACGAAAAUUGGGAUGGGGUCAUUUUUCAACUGUGUGGCUCGCAAGAGAUAACGAUAAACAGUGCCACGUGGCCGUGAAGGUGGUUCGUUCAGCAAAACAUUACACUGAAACUGCGAUCGAUGAGAUCAAGUUGUUAGAUAAAGUGACCACUUCUGACAUUCAACACCCUGGCCAUCAGCAUGUAAUUCAGUUGUUGGAUACGUUUACUCAUAAAGGUCCCAAUGGAAUUCAUGUUGUUAUGGUGUUUGAGGUAUUGGGCGAGAAUCUAUUGGGGUUGAUUCGUCGGUACAAGCAUAGAGGUAUACCAAUUGUGUUUGUCAAACAAAUAGCCAAGCAAUUACUAUCAGCUUUGGAUUUCUUGCACCGGAAAUGUGGAGUUAUUCAUACAGAUUUGAAACCGGAAAAUGUCUUGAUUGAGAUUGGCGAUGUGGAGCAAAUUGUUCGCAUGGUUGAGCAAGAGAAUAAGGAACGUAAGUUGCAGCGCAAGUUACUGAAAUCAUCCAAGACUUCAACAGCAAAUAGCUCAUAUGGCAAUGUUAAGGAAACGGAACAACAACCCAAUCAACGUGCUAGCACUAAGCCAUCGUCGUCAUCAUUGGCAUCUCCAACAAAUCAAAUUGUAUCACCAUCGUUGGGAAGAUCAGGAAGAAGGUCUCGCAGACAAACUUUGAUAACCGGAUCGCAACCGUUGCCUUCUCCGUUAAGAGCUUUUAAUAAAUCAUUUACAAACAUGUAUGGAUUUUCAACCACGACCAACACUCCUAUUAAAAGUUUGUCUAUCAACAACUCCACUGGGAAUACUAGUGCCACCACUGACUCACCUGUUCAAUUAUCUAGCACGGCUGAGCACCGUGAUGAAGACCACGACAAAGACAAAGACAUAGAAAGAGAUGAAACUUUGAACAAUUCAUUGAGCUCAAUGUCAAUCUCCAAUUCAAACAGCUAUCAACCAGUUAAUGUCAAUCCAAUGCAAAUUCCCAACGAUUCAAACUAUCGACUCGACGAUUCAUCCACCAACUUUGAUGAUGUCAUCAAUGAAGAUGAAUUGAUUUCAGUCAAAAUUGCUGAUUUGGGUAAUGCCUGUUGGACAAAUCACCAUUUCACAGACGAGAUUCAAACACGCCAAUAUAGGGCGCCUGAAGUAUUGCUCGGUUAUCACUGGGGCUGUUCGGGUGACUUGUGGUCGUUUGCUGCACUUAUCUUUGAGUUGCUUACUGGUGACUAUCUAUUUGAUCCAAGAGAUGGUAAAUCAUAUUCUAAGGAUGAUGACCAUAUAGCGCAAAUCAUUGAGUUAUUGGGCCCCUUCCCCCGCAUGAUGAUAAAGGAGAGUUUCUACGGCCGCGAUUUCUUCAAUUCACGAUUCGACAUGAGACGCAUACUGAAGUUGAAGCCGUGGGGGUUGAAGGAUGUUCUUGUUGAAAAAUACAAAUUUUCAAUUAGCGACUCGAUUGAAAUUGCCGAUUUUUUGUUGCCCAUGUUGCGCAUCCAACCAGAAGAGCGUGCUGAUGCGGGUGGAAUGAUUAAUCAUCCUUGGUUGAGGGAUGCGUUGGCGUUGGAGAAUGUCGUGUUGGAGAGACCGGUGGGCGGAAGUGGAGAAGAUAUCCCUGGGUGGUCAAAGGAAUUGCCGCCACCAGCACCAUCAUCCACUAGUCUGUUGGCAAGUAUCAAGCAAAAGUUUCAAUAUAGAUGA